AUGAAAAAGGUGUUUCAAAGUGAAGAGUGUGCAUAUGAGUUUUAUGGUAGGUUAGGAAAAUGCAAUGGAUUUGGGGUCCGUAAGGGAGACUAUGCAAAGGAUGAAGAUGGGAGUGUAGUGAGAAGGAGGUUCUUCUGUAAUCGGGCUGGCCUAAGGGAUGGAAAACACUACAACAGACUAGACAGGAAGAGAUGCCAUAGGCCUGAGACACGCACGAAUUGCCAGGCCCUGAUGUCUGUAUACCUUGAUAAGGGUAGCUCGGUUUGGAAGGUUCAGAAAGUAAUCCUCGAGCAUAACCACGAGUUGAUACCGAUGGGAAUGGUUCAUAUGAUCCGAAGUUUCCGGGCGAUAUCGGGUUCUGCAAAGGCCCACAUGGAUGGAAUGCAUAUGUAUGGGUUGCCGACAUCUAAGAUAUUGGGGUACAUGGCUGGGAUUGCGGGUGGUUAUUCUUCUUUGGGUUUUACCGAGAAAGACGCAUACAACUAUAUGGAUCGGUCGAAGCGUGCAAAGGUGGUUGAUGGAGACAUGAACGUUGCUAUAGUAUACCUAGAAGGCAAGGCAGCUGCUGAUCCCAUGUCUAUGGCCCGGUACAAUUUGACUGAAGAAGGUAUGUUGGGAAACAUGUUCUGGGCAGAUGGUCCUAGCAGGGUUGACUUUCAACACUUUGGAGACGUUGUUGCAUUCGAUUCGACAUAUAAGAAGAACAAGUACAAUAGACCCCUUGUCAUAUUCUUAGGUUCAAACAAUCACAAGCAAACAACAAUUUUUGGUUUCGGUUUGGUUUUAGAUGAGACAAUCAGUUCAUACAAGUGGAUGUUGGAGAACUUGUUAGAAGUCAUGUGUGGGAAGUUGUCCUCUGUAAUCGUUACCGACGGGGAUGAAUCAAUGAUUGCUACAGUUAGGGAGGUAUUGCCUCGGGCAACCCAUAGGUUGUAUGCAUGGCAUCUGCAGAAGAAUGUGACCUCGAACACCAACGAGCAGAUGUUCUGUGAUUUCUUUGCCAAGUGGUUGUAUGCUGACAUGGAGGUUGAAGAGUUUGAGUGUGAAUGGGCAUAA